AUGGUAGAUGCCGCUUUCGAAUACAUCCUGGGGCAAGAGGGCAUAGUCUACGUCUUCACCGACCUUCCGAAGACCAAGUUCAAGGCGACACCAAAGGCCAUCUUCGAGCUGGUCGGGCCGGGUGAGUGGAAGAACUUACCCACCUGGGCCUGGGAUCACGGCAACUUCCUCUUCCUGGGGAAGAGAGGGCUCACCCCAGCCGUACGAGAGCGCUUGCGUAAGAGUGCCUCCAGGUUGGACACGAACCGCUAUCCCAAGGUAAAGGAAGGCAUGGCUGCUUCGAACAUCAGUUAUUCUGCGAUCGUACGUCGCAUCGGGAAGGGAGAUCCUUUCCAGAGUUGGGUCAGAAACCAACGGCUGGCAUUGAGCGAGACCCUUCGGAGCGCACGUGUGCCUAUCUCCGUGAAACGAGAGCGGGUGAUGUACAUGACCGCCGCAGUAUACAACUUGUUCAAGGUCAUCGCUCGUCAAAAUCCGAGGCUCUUGCGUAGGGGCCUGGACAGGGACCUGCAAGCGGCGGCGAACCACGCUUCUCGUACCCAAGAUCCUCAGACGCUCGCUAGGGUACAUGCUUCCCUCUGGAGGGUGCUGCUCGAAUUGGACUCCGCCGUGAAGCGCAGCAACGUCCCGCUCGAUCUGUUCUCGAUGGUCCCAGCGGCCGGGUCGAAACCGUUCUUCACGGAGGUCUCCGAGACGAAAGGCGUCUCUUGGGAAGACAUCAAGGAGCAGGCGCCCCCACGAGAGACGACGGCAUCACGAGGUCUGAGUUGGGACGACGUGCCCUCAGGAAGGAUCGAAGGCAUGUCGUCAGACGCGGGAAGAGAUCUGCUUCGAAAGCAGAACGCCGUCAUCCAGCGGAUACGCGAGGAGAGAGGCGUGCAGAAUAGUAAAGGUGUUGAUUCCGUCAUGUGGAUAUGCAAUCCAGAUGGGACAGACCCGAAAAAUGGUCUCUUAAACGUCCUCCAUAGAGCUCGAAUGUUCGCAUCAACGGGAGUUCUCGAUGGGGAUGGUGAUGAACUGCCUUACAUGUCCAGCUACCACUCUCGGCAAUAUCGACGGGGUGUUGAUGAAAAAGACACAAUCACUUUUUUCUGUGAGGACCAUGACUUCUACACUCUUCUGUGGAAGCACGCGCCCGGAGGAAGGCUUGACCCGGUCGACAUCUUCUAUCCCACGGAUCACGAGAUAGAGAUAAGGAUCGACAACACUGCCGAAAUCAUGCGAAUCCCGGCUCGCGACCCCUCACCCCUCCCCACGAGCAGUCGGCGGUUCCCGACCCGCUCCCCCAACACUCUCCACUCACGAACCCGCUUACCCCGCAGACGGCAGUUCCUGGUCCCCUCCCCCAGCAGACGGCGGUUCCCGACCCGCUCCCCCAGCAAUCUCCACUCCCGAACCCGCUUAACCCGCAGACUGCGGUUCCCAAUCCCCUCAACCAGCAGUCGGCGGUUCCCGACCCGAUCCCCCGGCAAUCACCACUCCCUAACCCGCUUCACCCCGCAGACGGCGGUUCCUGACCCCCUCCCCACGCAGACGGCGGUUCCUGACCCUGCCCAUGACCCUCCCUCCUUGGCUCGAUGGUUGACUCCAGACGAUCCUGGCACGCGACCCGAUCCGAUCAGGCCUGCUGUACCUGUGGUGGGACUCGGAGAGGAAGCCGCGACGAGAUCGGAGGAGAACGGGGAGAUAGAAGUGGAAGAAGACCACUACGACGUAGGAAUUGACGGAGGCCGCGGAGGUGGUGGGGCGGCGGGGCCGUGGGGUCUCUCUAAGCGGCCAGGCCCGGCGGAUCGUAAGAACAUGAUCGUUUCGGGUCCGGGUAGGGACUCUGGUUGUAUCCUGCAGGCUAGCGGAGAUACCGACGAAGAGUUGGUGGAAGCCGUGCUCGAGUACAUAGUCGAACAAGAAUUCGUCGUCUUCGUCAUCACGAACAUCGCCAAAGAUCGUUUCCGAAAGGUGAACGGGGCCUAUUACGUCGUUCCACCCUCUCAAGCGCUGCGAUUGUUGCCCGAUUGGGCAUGGAAGCACGGAAACUUUGCGUUCAUCCGACCCCGGUCCCUCACGGACGCGAUCCGUCUGAGGUUACAGAAAGCGAAGAACUCCUACGUAAAGUACGGGCAGUUAUAUCCUAGGAUUACCUUCCUAUUGAGUGCUUCGGAGGCGGCCGAGACGACCGUCGAAGCUUACGAGGAACUCACCGAGUACACGACCAUCUGA